AUGAAGGUUCACCAGCAGGGGACGAUUGGGCGCCAUGAGCAGCAGGGGAUCGGGAAGGCCAAGGGGAUCAAGCGCAAUGCGGCGGCUGUCACGGGGGGCUGGGGCGGCACCGGCAAGCGAGGCUGCUCCAGGUGUUGGAGCAAGCCUGCCUUUCCCAAUGCCCAAUCGGACCAAUCCAUGACCAUUGUCGUUGCAAACACCAAAAUUGUCUUGCAGCCGAUGCCCUUGGCGUUCGCAAUGCCCGUGCCCAUGGAGCCCGCAACGCCAAAUCCCUCAUCCGUGCCCAUGGCAUCCGGAACACCAAAUCUGUCGUCCGUUCCCAUCGCCUCCACGAUGACCAAUGUUUCCGACGAGAGCAGCUCUGCGAAGCCGAUGCACGGUGAUGCAAUGGAGACAGUGGUGGCAGGAGCAGACAACCCACCCACCGAAGCCGUCGUCCACGAGCAACCCAUUGAGCCGCCGCCGCCGCCCCCUGAUGCAGAGGAGGAGCGAGUUCAACUUCCACCCAUCCACCCGCACCCCAUUGCGCCGUCGCUUGCAGUUGCAGGUCGCCAAAAUCCGAACGGGUACACAUGCAAACAGUGCGGCGUGUGGUUCACGAUGCACCAGGGCCUCGGUGGCCGCCACAAGACCAGGGAGCUCGCUGCCGUUCCAUGCCGCCGUGACGCCAAGCCGGAGAAGGUGCACGUGUGCAGGAUCUGCGCUGCGGUGUUCCCCGCCGGAGUACAGCUCGGCGGCCACAUGAGGAAGCACUAUACUGGCGCGCCGAUCGUGCCCAAAAAGAAGCCGCGACUCGCCGUCCAGCCCUUUCCACCGCCGGCGGAUCAGAGAACCCUCGAGCCUGCACCUAGGCCGGCCGUGGCGGGCAGAGUGCGUCUCUUUGGCGUUGACAUUGAGGCGGGGCCGCAGACGCCAGCGGCGCAAGAAGAAGGCUCGUCUGCGACUCAGGCCCCAUCGGCGUCACCGGUGGGGACUGGGGAGCAGCAGUAG